CCCAUCCCCUCUCCCCGCCUGUCCCAGGGACGCCGGAGCGUGCACAGCGAAGAUGCCAGCGAAGAGCAAGAUCGUGACGGAGGGCGACCCCCUCGCGUGGGUGAUGGCGCCCCCGCCAAACGAGAGCGAGGAGCAGCGCGCGGGGCGGCUCGCGGCGGAGGCGGAGGCGAAGAGGAUCUCGGACGCGAUCGACGACGAGCUGCAGCGACAGGCAAAGCAGGAAAAGCGCGGUCCGAAGCCCGUCAAGAUCCUCCUCCUUGGUCAGAGUGAAUCAGGCAAAUCGACCACGCUGAAGAACUUCCAGCUCAUGAACACACCCAAGGCGUUCCGCGCCGAACGCGCAUCGUGGCGCGCAGUCGUGCAGCUCAACGUUGUACGCUCCAUCCGCGUCAUCCUCGAUGCGAUGGCCGAAGCGCAGGCGUACCACGCCACGACGUACAGCGGCCCAAACACGCCCAUACGCACGCACGCCCCCGACCUCUUCCAGUCGCCCUCGAGCUCGUACGCCUCACUGGGCCGCCCGCCGCCACCACUUACCGCCGAGCACCUGAAGCUCAAGCUGCGCCUCGCGCCGCUCGUGCAGGUCGAGGAGACGCUCGUGCGCAAGCUCACGCAGGCGGGCUCGGGCGAGAUGGAGGCGACGCAGCUGCAGAUGCUCGGGGGGAAUGCGUCGCAUGCGGACCGCGCCCGCGCGCUUGAUCGCGAGGUCGCGGUGAACAGUCAGUUUGCGUGGAAGGGCGUGUUCCACAAAAUGAUCGGGCGCAGCAGCAUGGAUAGCGAGGCGGACUUCAACGACCCGGACGACCCGGGUCGCAUCCUGUGCGCAUGCGCGGAAGACAUGGUUACGCUGUGGAACGACCCCCUCAUCAAGUCCCUGUUGCGCUCGCAGGGCACCCGCCUCGAGGACAUGCCAGGAUUCUUCCUGGACUCCCUGGAGCGGGUCACGCACCCGAAGUAUGUUCCCUCAGAUGAGGACAUACUUCGCGCACGGCUCAAGACGCUCGGAGUGUCGGAGCACCGAUUUACGAUCCGGGAAGGACUCACAGGCGGCAUUUCACGCGACCUCCGAAUAUAUGACGUGGGAGGGCACCGAUCACUAGUGCCCGCAUGGGCGCCGUUCUUUGACGACAUGAACUCCAUCCUCUUCCUUGCCCCGCUAAGCGGUUUCGACCAGGUGCUUGCGGAGGACGAGAGCGUGAACCGCCUGGAAGACUCGGUGCUGCUGUGGAAGUCGAUCUGCUCGAACCCGCUGCUGGGCAAGACAAACCUGAUCCUCUUCCUGAACAAGAUCGACAUCUUCCGCGCGAAGCUGCGCGCGGGCAUCCAGUUCGGCCAGUACAUCAUCUCGUACGGCAACCGCCCGAACGACUACGAGAACACGUCCGCAUAUAUGCGCCGAAAGUUCGGCCAGAUCCACCGAGAGUACUCGCCGCAGGCACGGACGUUCUACUGCCACUUCACGUCGGUCACGGAUACGAAGUCGACGUCGACAGUCCUAGUGAACAUCCAAGAGUCCAUUCUCAGUGCCAACCUGAAGAGCAUCAGUCUGACCGGGGACUGAACGCCCUCUGCGCCCUAAGACCCAAGAUACCUUAUCCCGACAAAAUCGUGCAUAUAUGCUCGCUUGACGUUAUGCUCUGCGGCGGCACGUCGGGCUGGCACGCCGGGUCGUUCGCUAAUGGACUUUGCUGUUAACAUGUUUCGCUGCGUGCAUCCGGUCCCGCUGCUCCAUACUGUUGUACUAUACCAUCAUUCCACAUACCACUGUGGAUAUGCUUUGCAAUGCUACGCCG